AUGGCUAACCGAAAUAUGCAGCAAGCAAACAUGCAAAGCUGCAAUUCUCCUCAACAAGCAAAACGCGGGACCGACUCCCCGGCCCCGGAGCAGUCACCGGCGAACAAAGACAGCCCAACGCCGCAGCAGCAGCAGUCACCCGCGGACGAACAAGGGGAAGGAGCCGGAGAAGGAAGCGAAGAAGGCCGGGAGGAAAUGACUCUGGAUAUUACGAGCUUUCGGAAGCCCGGUGAGAAGACGUUCACCCAGCGCUCACGUCUUUUUGUCGGAAACCUCCCGGUGGAUAUCCCGGAGGAGGAGUUCAAAAACAUGUUUGCCAAGUAUGGGAACGUUGGCGAGGUUUUCAUCAACAGAGACCGGGGGUUCGGCUUCGUUCGCUUGGAAACCCGGACGCUGGCAGAGAUUGCUAAAGCUGAGCUGGAUGGGACUAUUUUGAAUAAUCGACCAAUCAGGAUUCGCUUUGCUACACACGGUGCUGCCCUUACAGUGCGCAACCUGUUGCCUGUAGUAACAAAUGAACUGCUUGAACAGGCAUUUUCUGAAUUUGGGCCGGUGGAACGGGCUAUUGUCGUGACAGAUGACCGUGGUCGUCCCACUGGGAGAGGCAUUGUGGAGUUUGCAAGCAAAGUAGCUGCACGUAAAGCCCUGGAGCGCUGUAAAGAGGGAGCGCUGCUGCUGACCACCACACCUUGUCCAGCCAUUGUGGAGCCCUCGGAGCACUUUGAUGAUGAGGAUGGACAGCCUGAAAAACUGCUGCAGAAGACUCCAAAGUACUACAAGGAACGAGAGCAGAUGCCGCAUUUUGCUCAGCCGGGGACAUUUGAGUUUGAAUAUUCGUCUCGCUGGAAAGCUCUUCAUGAGAUGGAGAAACAGCAAAGAGAACAGGUGGACAAGAACAUUAAAGAGGCCAAAGAGAAACUGGAGGCUGAGCUAGAGUCGGCCAAACAUGAACAUCAGCUCAUGUUAAUGAGACAAGAUCUAAUGAGACGUCAGGAGGAGCUGAGGAGACUGGAGGAGCUCCGCAACCAGGAGCUGCAGAGGAGAAAGCAGAUAGAGAUGAGGCAUGAAGAGGAACGGAGAAGGAGAGAGGAGGAGAUGAUGAGACACAGAGAACAGGAGGACCUGAGACGCCACCCAGAUGGCUUCAAACCAAACUACCUGGACAAUAGAGAACAGGAAAUGAGAGUGGGUGAGCUGGGCCCUCGUGGAGCCAUUAAUAUGGGAGAUGGCUAUAACCAGGGGUCCCCGGGGCACAGUGCUAACCAGGGUCAAAUGAUGGGCAUGAGUGGAAGGGGAGGAGCCGUUGGCCCGGAGGGAACUGCAAAUAUGGGGACACCAGUGAUGUCAGAGAAUGGAGCCAUGCAAAACGAUAGAUACCCUCAGGGUGGAUCAGUGGGGGGGCGACCAGAAGUUGAGUCCCCAAAGCCUCAACAGCUGCAGCAGCCACAGUCGCAGCAGCAGCAGCAGCAGCAGCAGCAGCAGCAGCAGCAGCAGCAGCCAUUAGGCCCUCAAGUUGGACAAGCCACAGGAUUUGGACGGGGGAGUCCAGUAGGGGGAGUCUUUGAUGGGCCAAAUAACAAACGCCGCAGAUACUAAGAUACUUCUGAUCAUGGAGACAGUUCUCGUGGAUCUUUGUUACUGCCCCAAGCCGAUCAUCUCUUUUUCUGUGUUACAUCGACCCACUUAUCUCCCCGUGGGAAAUGUUUUUUUUUUUUUUUUUUUGCCAGUUUUCUUUUUGUCACUGAGAGGCAUAUAUUUUGUGAUUGAUAAUACUACAGAGAAAUGGUUUGUAGCUACACUUAUUUGCAGCAUUUAUACACAAUUUUUAUUUUUCCUGCAUAUGUUUUCCAUCUCUUUUUCAAAUGACACUGUUUGUGAUUUUUGUCUGCUGAAUAUGAAGUGUGCAAGCAAGUUUCAAAGCAUGUCAAGAAGCCCUUUUAGGGUAGACAACUUUGCAGUUGGUGGUGGUUACUAUUGUCUUGGAUACACUCUAUGAAGCUGUUGUAUGGGAGUGUUAAAAUUAAAUAAAGAUGAAUUAGAUUGGACAUUGAUUAUGGUCAAAACAAGAAUGCUGAUUUCUGAAACUGAAAUCUAGUGCAAACCCAAAUGGACUUUCCUUGGACUAGGUAGUAGUUUGUGGUCCUCCCAUCAAAAAUACUGUUACUCUUAGCUAAUUGGAUGUUCAAUCAUUCAGUAAGUGAAUGGUUCCGCAGCCUCAGUGCAUCCUGUAAGUGAUGGUUAAGAGAAAUAAAACAUUUGUAGUA